CUGGCUGUUCAUGUGGUCUCACACGCGCCCGUAUGGACCAGCUGCAUGGAUGCGGAGGCGUGGCACGCGGGCGGCGCCCUGCAACAGGGCGUGGGCGCCGCGCGAGGACGGCCUGGGCGCCAACGCCGUGCAGACGGAGGAGCAGGAGCACGCCAGCGUGGGCAAGGUGCAGGGCAGCUUCACGGGCGACCAGGACGAAGGCCAGGGCUUCACCUCCUGCUGCGCGGGCUCCGAGGACGGCCAGGACGGCUACGCCGCGAAGAAGGAGGUGCAGGAGCUCGACGGCGAGGGCAGCUGCAAGGACGGGCACCAGCGCACCAACGUGGCGGAGGUGCGCAUCAACGACCUGCCGAAGGUCCAGGACGGCCAGGACGGCAACGCUGCGAAGGAAGAGGAGCAGGAGCCCGACGGCGAGGACAGCUUCAAGGGCGACCAUGGCAGGCGCGCGAACCAGCAGAAUUACCCCGACACCAAGCUGAAGGCGUGGCAGCACGAGCGGGGCGCUUGGAGCAGUAGACAGUGGGCAGUUGCAGCAGCACUGGCGUUGCUCGCCCUCAGUUUCGCCGCUGCCGCGUGCCCUGGCGAGCGUGGAUGGCAAGUGGCUGGCCCAGUGGAGGGAUCGACGCCCGACGUCUAUCUCCACGACGGCGCCGCGGACAUUCAUGGGCUUGACGGUGGGGCCCUUCAGGAAGUCAGAGCGCUGCAAGCUUUCCUGACGGACCUGGACAACGGGGACGUGUGCGGCAGGGGCAGG